AUGGCUAAGUGCUACAUGUUGGCAUCUAUGUCUUCAGUACUCAAGUAUCAGCAUUCUGCCAUGGCGACUGCCGCUGAAAUUAUGCAAAAUCUUGCAAAUCUUUUUGGUACUCAGAAUCGAACGGCUAAGUCUCAAUCCUUUCGGAGUAUCAUAACGAAGUCUAUGAAGGAAGGCACAUCUGUGAGGCAACAUGUCCUCGAGUUGAUGAGCCACCUCAAUCAGAUUGAGGUUUUGGGAGGGACGAUCGAUCCCGAGUCCCAGGUUACUAUAAUCCUUCAGAGUCUUCCCCCUAGCUUCCAGCAGUUCAAGCUCAAUUUCGAGAUGAUCAAUUGGGAUUACACUUUGGCAAAGCUGCUGACUGAACUUCAGUCGGCCGAGGACCUUAUGGUUCAAGCUAAAGUAGCUAUGCUGAGUCUGGCGCCUAAUUCCUCUGGCUCUAAGCCUCGCGCAGGAAAGAAAAAGGUUGUGUAUUCGAAUGCGUUUUGGGAAGGACAGCCUCGAGCCGCUCAAUCCCGAACUUGA